GUUCACUUGAAAAUAUUGACGAAAAUGAAAUUUUUAAUAAUUACUUUGGCUUGCAUCUGUGCGGCAUAUGCCGUAUCGAUACCUACGGACUAUUUACCACCUGUCAAUGAAAAUGCAGGCGCUGCCUCAAAUGUGGUGGAAUCAAAUUUUCUUGAAAGUGAACCAGCACAUACUUUAGCCGAGGAUGGCUAUCGUUACAAAACCGUGAAGCGUUUCCGUCUGCGUCAUCGUCGAGAUGUUAGCGAAAUCACAAACAACUACCUGCCACCACUAAGUGAUGAUGCUUCUUCUUCAGUGCCAGUCUAUUCGGCACCUGCAUCUGCACCUGCUGAGAGUUACGCAGCUGAAACCAUUGAUGUACCCUCCUAUUCUAACCCAUCACAUACUUUAUCGGAUGAUGGUUAUCGUUACAAGACUGUGAAGCGUUAUCGUUAUCGUCAUCGCUUCUAAAUCAAAUUAUA